ACUGGAACGUUUGUUUAUCAUUAACCUUAGUGGAAAUAAGUCAUUGAUUUUUUUUUGUUGUUUUUAGGACGGGGGUGGGGGUUAUCCUAGAUAAUUUACAAAUGUCUUAUUUAAGUCAAUCCGUGAUCAUUGAGAAAUUGUGCUAUUGAACCUAAAUGAAGUUGCUUAAUGUUUGGGUGGCUAGGUGGCACUGGACGGCUCUAUUCUCUCAAGUGUCGUUGUCAAAGCUCUGGGUGGCUAGGUGGCACUGGACGGCUCUAUUCUCUCAAGUGUCGUUCCUUCCUGUCAGAGCUCUAGAUCCAAGGAAUUUGAGCUCUCCAUCUCCUCCCUCUGAUCAGACUUGUUUGCCACUUGUUACUUAGUAACUGUAUGACCCCCUCAUAAUGGGUUUGGUGCAUCACUAAUUAAUAAACACCAACACUCGAGACUCAUGUUUCACGAAACAAUAUGGGAGUGACUGGCCAACCUGAGCUCAUCCAACCCCAUAGUUUUGUGAGCUUCAUGCAGCUGCACCAUCUGCACUUAAGAUAGCUGCAAACAUUUCUAGAGACACAGCUAUAACUAUUAUAACAUACAGGAAAACUACUUCACUGUAUACUGUAUAACCUAUUGAACAAGGAGCUGUCUUUGUAGCUAUAAAUAGUUUGCAAAUGGAGCAGGAAGAAAGUGUUGCUGUUUCAUCUUGGAUUAAAAAAGAAAUUCAAGAAGAUGUAAACUCUGAUAACACCUCACAAAAUGAGCAGGAAGAAAAGACAACUGAUGCAACUUCUGCCGACGCAGUGUGUGAGACAAAAAACUCUGUUGACCCAAGCCUCUUUGAAAGUAUUGUCAGUAUGGGCAUAGACAAACGACUGGCAGCUAAGGCCCUGGUUUGCACUAGCAAUAAAAAUGUAGAGGCUGCUUUGUCAUGGAUAAAGUAUGUGCAGUUAUUAAUGAGCUGGCAUAAGAAAUUUUCUCUGGGAGGAGCACUUAUAGAAAUUCUUAAGGAUUUAAAGUGUUGGAAGUAUGAUACUGUAAUGUACUGUUUAUGGGGAUUACCCCAUUCUGAUGGUUCUGUUGAGAGUGAUGAGUGGGAAGAUUGCGAAGAGGAAGAUGACGAGGAUACUUAUUAUAAAAUGGUGUUUGUCGUCAACACCGAACUUGGCAUGGGGUUUGGCAAAGUGGCUGCUCAGGUGGGGCAUGCUGCAUUAGGGCUUUACCGGCUGCUCAAGGAAGACGGAGAGAAGUAUGAUGCUAGCGUCGAGGAAUGGGAAGAAUUUGGAGAAAGGAAGAUAGCAUUAAAAGGAAAAAACUCUCAAGAACUCAUUGAACUUCAAAAGAAAGCAGAAAGUCUGUACCUUCCAACGUACCUGGUCCAUGAUGCAGGUAAAACUCAGGGUUCCAUGCAGGGAUCAACAACUGUACCUUGGCUAAUAUUAGCGAUGAAAGAGGCAGUGAAUGAAGUCACAGGGAAACUAAAGCUCUUGUGAUGGUAUUCAGGUUUAAUAUCCUUUUAUGCAGUUGCAUUAAAAUAUCUUUAAUAUAUUAUUAAAGAAUGUCUUAAUUUAAUUACACCAGGGAGACAAAUAUAAAAGGAUAAGGUUUCCUCGGAAUAAAAAACUUUGGUAUGGUUUCAACUUGGAAUUUCUAGUAAUUUGAAGCUGGAAUUUAUUUUAUGUAUUAAUGUUUAUAUUAUUAUGUGUAUUGUAAAUUGCAGCAUGUAUUGAGGUGUGUUUUAAGGAAUAAAAAAAAAAAGUAUUUAAUGACUCUGAG